GCUCGGGGUCCGAAAGGGGCUCCUAGCAGCCGCUGCCAGCGCUCCGUAAAGAUCUUGCUGUUUAUGCGCGUCUUCGCCGGUGGCCGCUUAAACGCGCUUCGGGCGGUGAGGGGGCCAAGCGCGUGAUGCUUCGUCUCCUGUAAAAAGGGGCAGAGCGGUGGCGAUACCUCCACCUAGGAAGAAAGCAGCUAUGAGCACUGAGCAAGAGUCAUUUUUGUGGAGCCAAGGCACAACAAAAACAUAUCACAUUCCUAUUGAACAUCUGGACUAUAAAUUCAUUGAAACAUGUACCGAUGUUAAAUAUUUGGAAAAGAUUCUCAAGAUAUUAAGGUCUGGUGAGGAGGGCUUUUAUCCUGAUCUUGUAUUAUUUUGUGAAAAACGCAUUGAAACUUUGGCUCCAAAUAGCAGAGCUCUGAGAAGAGAGAAAACUACAGCCACAGUUUCUGAUUUUACUGCUGAGGAAUGGGAAAAAAUAAAUAAUGAAGUGAAGAGCUGGGUUAUGGAAAUGAAAGAAGAUGAAUACAAAAUGCAGUAUGCUACAACUGAUGUAUUCAAGGAAAAUGUGGAAAAUUUGCCACCAGUCCGUAGUUCAGAUAGCAGUUAUUCCACUGGUCAGAGUAAAACUCCAAGGAACAAACAUGUAAAGAAGAAAAAUGUGCCAAGAGCUUACCGAGAGUGGGAUAAUUUUGAUGUGGAAAAAGAAUGUUCCAAAAUUGAUGGAAAUGAAGAAAACAAACCUAAAACCAGCUGUCAUACUAACACAAAUCUACCAAAAAUGGAGAUAGAUACAACAGGUAUGACUACAAAAGAAAAGAACUUUAUUGCUAAUCGUGAAAGAGAAAAAGGCAAUGAAGCAUUUGUCACAGGAGAUUAUAAAGAAGCAAUUGCCUAUUAUGUUCGGAGCAUAUCUGCAUUCCCCACUGUUGCUUCAUACAAUAACAAAGCUCAAGCAGAAAUAAGACUUCAGAACUGGCACGCUGCUCUUCAGGAUUGUGAAACUGUUUUAAACUUAGACCCUGGAAACAUAAAAGCUCUUAUGCGCCGUGCCACUGUAUAUAACAAUCUGCAGAAUUUCAAAGCAGCUGCAGAAGAUUGGAAGGAAGUAUUACGGAUUGAGCCAGAUAAUGCCAGAGCUAAAAAAAAUCUGUCAGAUAUUGAGAAGAGUUUGAAAGGUUCAGAACCUACAUCUCAGACUCAGACCAGAGGGAAAAAAAUAUUUAUUCAAGAUAUAGAAGUCUCAGACGGUGAUGAAGGACAAGGAGGCGAUGAAGGAGAAGAUGAAAGUGGCGGUGGAGAUAAAAAAUCUGUUGUGCCAGUGGGAGGAGAGAUCACAAGUGAGAAGUCUGAAAUGGGGAAUGCACAAAAGAAGUUCCCUAGCAAAGGAGAUGGCAGUAAAUCAGAACACAAGGAAGCCCAGAAGCACAGAGACCCUUCAGAGAGCAAGGCUAGAAAAGGCACACCUGACAAAAAGACACACAAAGUUGUGCAAAAUUGUGAACGUGAAGGAAACGGCUCCCUAAGCAAUGGUAGAAAUAAUAGUGAAAACAAGGAAGUAAAGCCGAAGGAUGCGGAAUCUUCAUCAGCUGGCAUAUGCAGCUCUACUCUGCUCCCUACGACUGCAGCAAAACUGAAAGCUGAAGGAAAUGAGUUAUUUAAGAAUGGACAAUUUGGAGACGCUGUGCUCAGGUAUACAGAGGCCAUUGAAAAUGUCGUCAGUUCAGGAAUCCAAAGUCCAGAGGAUCUAAGUAUUUUGUAUUCAAACAGAGCAGCAUGUUACCUAAAAGAAGGAAACUCUGUUGACUGCAUUCAGGACUGUAACAGUGCACUAGAACUUCAGCCAUAUUCUCUUAAACCUCUUCUACGUCGAGCACUGGCCUAUGAGUCCAUGGAACGGUAUCGACAGGCAUAUGUUGAUUAUAAAACAGUAUUACAGAUAGACAGUGGGAUCCAAGCUGCAAAUGACAAUGUUAACAGGUUAACAAGAACUUUAAUAGACCAGGAUGGUCCCAACUGGAGGGAGAAGCUACCCCCAAUUCCUGUUGUUCCUGUUUCUGCUCAGUUGCAUUGCUGGGGUGGAGGAACUUUCACUUCGGAGAUGGAGCAAAAAGAAACUGCAGCCAAUCUUGGAGAGCAACAGUCACAGAUUCUUAGUGAAAAUCCAGAAGAGAAGUUCAAGGAUCUUAAGAACAAGGGGAAUGAAUUUGUGAAAAAGGGCAACUAUGAAGAAGCACUGAAAAAGUACAGUGAGUGCAUGAAGCUAAAUUCCCAGGAACUGACCAUCUACACUAAUAGGGCCCUUUGUUGCUUGAAGCUGUUUCAGUAUGAAGAAGCCAAAAAAGAUUGUGAUUAUGUUCUUCAGACAGAUGAUUCUAAUAUAAAAGCUUUAUACAGAAGAGCUCUAGCAAACAAAGGAUUAGAGAACUACAAAGACAGUAUUGAUGAUUUGAAAAAGGUUCUUCUAAUAGAUCCAAGUAUUGAUGAAGCAAAGAAAGAGCUGCAGGAAACAACUCAGUUGCUUAAGCUCAAACAUGAAGUUACAGAGAAUACACAGCAAAAACAAAGGAAAAAAAUCAAAAUUGAAGAGGUGGCUGAAUGUGAUGACGAAGAUGGAGAGAUCUGUGCUUCAACGAAUGCUUCAGUAAAUUGCCACAGUGUUAAAGGAGAGCUUGAAACAAGCAUGCCAGUGAAUAGCUCAGCAAAACUAAUAAUUUCUAAGCCAUCAAAUGCUUAUGAAUUUGGUCAGAUUAUACGUGUUGUGAAUGCCAAUAAGGACAUCUCUGCUUGUGCAGAGCUCUUAACAAUGAUUGAGCCAAAAGAUUUGCCAAUACUUCUAAGUAACAAACUAGAAGGGGAUAUUUUUCUAAUUUUUAUCCAAGCCCUGCAAUCUGAUAUAUUUUGUCAGGACCCUGGUCGAGUGUAUCAGUAUCUUGUCCACCUGAGCAAAGCUGAAAGGUUUAAGUUGGUGUGCAAACUUCUUAGUAAGAAUGAAGUGGAACUGGUUCAACAGUUGUUUGAGUCUCUUUCCAAAGAGCAAAACCAGCCAUUUUCUUUAGAUGAUCUGGAGAGCCUUAAGAGAGAGUUUGAUGUUUAAACAACUUCAUUUUGGAACUGCCUCUUGCAUGCAUUCUGUCGAUGCUUGUAGGAUGGGCAUAUAAACUAUGCAGACUUGCAUGGAAUCAAGUUAGUCUUUUAUCUGGACUAUUUGAUAUGCUGCACAUUUUUACAUGCACAUUGAAAAGCUGCUGUUCCAUCUUAUUGUAUAUAUUUUAUCCUACAGAGUAUGUAUGUAUGAAUUUAUGUUAAUGAUCCUGUUCAAUCACUACUUGGCUCCUGUUAUACCAGGAGAAAUAUUGGAAGCAGGAUUACUCGGAGAGAGAGAAAUUAAUAUAAUGGGAAAAACUUGAGCUUGUGUGAAAAAGGAAACCCAUGAGCGAACAAGGAAGUGGUCCUCAAGGCCAAGUGGCAAGUGAACAAGAGGACCCAAAAAUGUAGGUCCCAUGACAUAGCUUACUGAUCUAAUCAUCAGAAUAUGCUCAACUACCUUGAAAUGUAUUUAUGAAGUUCUAUAUAGCCAUCCAUUUACUAAAUAUUUUCAUUAUAUUGCUUCUUGUUUGUUUUGUUAUACUGGUCUCUUCUAAAGAUGCUACUGUUCGGACAUGUGCUUCUAAGUGUGCAACUGUUGUGUUUUGACAUGUAGCAUAAUUGAUGGAUAGUGUCUUCUCUGUAAGCCCCAGGAACUGACUAGGAAUUGUCUCUCUCUCUCUCUCUCAGUGGGGCUUGUACUAAACAGCACUUCCACCAGUGCAUUGUGCCUAUACUUUUCACUUUUCCUGCUUGGUAAAAUGGCUACUGCGUGUAUAACCUAAACUGUAGUACACCUGAAAUCAGCCUUUGUUUUAAUCUGCCCCUGGUCUACCUAGGCAGACGAACAUCUGGCUUCCACUGAGCAUGGCUUUAAAGGAAAUAUUGACUCAUCCCUUCUCAUCCUGUGUCAGUGCUAGAAACUUAAAUAGGUGCAGUUAUAUGCUUAUGGUGCUGAAUGUGUACAACUACAUCAACCUUUUGGUCAUAGGUUGCAACGAGGGGCAGUUUGAUCUUCAUUGCUGCUUCUGGCUAAAAAAGUAAAAUACUUUUAUACAGGUUCUGUUCUGUUGGUGAAUAGCGAAGAUAAAGCAGAAUUGGUCAUGAUGUUUUGAAGCAAUAGAACUAUUAUAUUUUUAAACCGGAGACUUGUAAUUUAUUAGCGUGCAUAUCAAAUUUUCUUAUGGGAAGGGCUGCCCAGGUUCUUGCACUAUUUUAAAGGUAGUCUUAUUUGUCACUGACUUUCUUGUAUUAAAUGCUGUAACUGAAACGUUAUUAUAUAGGUUAACAGCUUGCCCACUUGAAAUUGUUUCCUUUGGAAAGCCUUUGCAACAAGUAUUUAAAAAAUAAAGAGG